CUUCGAUUCUCAUCAAAUUUAAACUUCAUUUAAUUAUAUUUUUCAUAGUUUUACUUGCACAGUUGCCGCACCGGACGAUCGUCUCGACGGUUACGCGACCAAGUUCGCAGUAGCGGGGCGACGAGAGACGACGCGUCGGACCUGCCGCUCGCUCGAAAAUCGAACAGUGUGCUCGGUGAGAGCGCGCGGGUGAAGUUUGUGACGCUUGUGGUGAACUGUCACGUCGAUGUUACGACGACGACGACGGCGGCGACGACACGACGGCGACGACGACGACGACGUGUGACGACGUCGGGACAGGACAACGACCAUCGACGACGUCAGCUCGAAUUCGACCUUCGACUGCGGCCGUUCGCUACCCGUUUCCGCUCGGGAGUAAAGCACCCGAGUAACAUACCGAUCGUCUUCGACGUCGAUACGAUACUCGCACGCCGACCAUCGCACCGAUCGCGCUCUCAUCCGCGACGUACGAUCGUCCCGGAUAUUUAAUUAAACGAGUUAGAAAGCGAGCACGAGCAUGACUCGCUACGGCGAAAAGCGGCGUCCGCACUCUGGAGCUCGUGCCACGCACUGAGAGUGCACGCGACCCUGUGGUAAUUAUUACAUUGUCGGGAACUCGUGCACGCAUACACCGUAUCUGUUAGCGGAGGAGUGUCGAAAUGAGCGAAGAGCGGAUGACACUGAGGUCUGUGGUUGGUUUUGCUGCCAAGAUUGAAUAGUGAACAUUGAAAUCUAGUGAUAUACGUGGAAUUGUCAAGGUAUCAAGGAUUGGAAAGCACAGUAUGCAAGGAUCAUGAUAAUUGGAGAUCUAUUGCGAAGUAUCACAUUUAGUUGAGAGAGGACCAAAUACAAUAUAGACAGUACACAGCAACAGCAGUCAUGUUUGGUUGUCCUAGAGAGGCUGUGCGCGUUAAAGUUAAGAAAUGCGAGACCCGGCAUCAACCCGAAUACCGCAAAUUCAGUGUGGAUCCUCAGAUAACAUCAAUAGAGGUGCUGCAAAGUAUCCUUAUCAAAGCUUUCGAUAUAAAAGGAGAAUUCACUGUUUCAUAUCGCGCAAUCGAUGAUUAUGGCUCCGAGACGUAUCUAUUCCUACUCUCCGAUUGGGACUUGGACGCUGCGUUCAUCAGUGCGUCCGAGCCAUACCUCUAUCUGCAGGUGAAUUUAAAACCAUUUGGUGAAACGGGAGACUGUGAGUGCUAUUGGGAACAGAACAUGCAGGAAGUCUCGACACGGCAACAGGAAUCCGGAUUUGCUUACAGGACGCCGAAAUUACCCGGUCUCAUAAUGAAUAAGAUGGAAAGGACGCUGAACAUGGUGCAACGUGCAUUGGGCAAUCUUGGCGAGGAGUCGUCUCACCAACAGACCGUUCAACCUCCACGGCCGUCGUUAACUGAUGCGGAGUUCCACCGAUUUCUCGAUCCGAUCGGGCAGGUGAUACACUCCAAGGAGCUGAGGGCGGCUAUUUACUUCGGCGGAAUCGAACCGAGUCUACGCAAGGUGGUUUGGAAGCACAUCCUGAACGUGUAUCCGGAGGGAAUGUCGGGUCGCGAGCGCAUGGAUUACAUGAAGAGAAAAUCGCAGGAAUACCACAACCUUCGCGAUCGAUGGCGAACACUGGUGCAGAAGGGACAGAACGUUGGCGAUCUCAGUCACGUUACUAGCAUGGUGAUGAAGGAUGUUCUUAGGACGGACAGGCAUCAUAAGUUCUACGGCGGUUCGGACGACAAUCAAAACACGGCGAGUCUCUUUAAUAUCCUGACGACGUACGCGUUAAAUCAUCCGAGCGUGAGUUACUGUCAGGGCAUGAGCGACCUGGCUUCGCCCCUUCUCGUCACGAUGCGCGACGAAGCGCAGGCUUACAUCUGUCUCUCUGCCCUGAUGAGACGACUGAAGGGUAAUUUCAUGCUCGACGGUAUCGCCAUGACCGUCAAGUUCGCCCAUCUCGCAGAAGGUCUUCAGCACUACGAUCCUGAUUUCUACGCAUACUUGAAGUCGCAUCAAGCGGACGACCUGCUUUUUUGUUAUCGAUGGUUGCUGCUAGAAAUGAAACGCGAAUUUGCUCUGGAUGACGCACUAAGAAUGCUCGAGGUUCUAUGGGCAGCUCUGCCGGCGUCACCGCCGAUCGGCGAGCUAAGUCUCGCCGAGGUGCCUUUCCCGCCGUCAUCACCACCGCCAAGUCCGAAUGUGAAGCAUAUCCGCGAGAACGCGUACACCAAGGUCUGCGCUAUUAGACGGCAGAGUUCCUCAGCUAGCAUCGCCGCUAACGUGAGGCGGAAAGCUCUCAGCAUAGAAGAACAGCCUCUACAACCAGCUACCGAGGUUAACGGAGAAACGAAAAGAUCUAGCUCUCCGUACGAGGCGUUCUCCGACCCGGAGAACGAUUUGACUAGCACGAAGAACAGGAGGAACACCGACUCGACGGAAAAGUGCCUAAGUACAGAUUCUCUUCCUACUAGAUCAAAGCGCUCGAAUCUUCUUGAAUUGAAGGAGAAGCUGUCUGUCUCUAACAAGGAGCAACCUAAAAACAACAGUGAACAAAAUGACAACUCCGGUGAAAAGAAAUGUGCGCGAGUGGUCAAGAAUUUAAAUGAGUUUCUGAACUUUACUAGCCUCAAUCGUAGCAAGGUUACACCCAGCGAUGCCGAACCUGAGUUGAGGCGUGUCUCGAGCGAAAGUGGCGUGAUCAGGGUGCUGAGAGACGAACCGAGCUCGCCGGACGACCCCACGGAUUUCUUCCCGAUGACUACGUCUAUGACGCGAGAGUUAAGACUGGAAUUGGAGUCAUUGGACAGACAGGUGUUCGGACCGUCGCCGCCUAGCGAAGUGCAGUGCGACUGCGUACUCUCGAAGAGAGAGAGCGACCUGCCGGAGAGCGAGACCGAGACGGAACUGGCGAGAUGCAGCCCGGCGGCGGAUGUUUUUGUCUGGGAGAAUCCGUUGCACGUGUUACAGCAGCAGCAGAAGCAUCACCCCACCACUCCGGACGAGCAGGCGGAAUUAGAGUACGACGGUGAAAUUUUGGAGGAUCAGAACGGCGUGAAGUCCGUCACGCCGAUCAGGCUGCUUAAACGUACUACCAGAUCAGAAUCGGCGUCGGACAGCGAGGGGACUGAGAGUUGGCAUCAGAACGCGGCUGCACCGGAGAGUCCGGCGAAACAACAGCAGCAGCAACAACAACAACAGCAUCAACAGCAAUCUGUUCAGGAACAAUGCGAGGAAGCGACCGAACUGACUAAUCUCAUACCCGCGGGGACAAGCGAGGACCAGUUGGGCGAGAGUUCGUUGCCACCGCCGCACGAGUUUGGCGGCGGUAAUCCCUUCUUAAUGUUCCUGUGCAUCACCCUUCUGCUUCAGCAUCGUGAUUUCGUGAUGCGGAAUCAGAUGGAUUACAACGAGAUGGCGAUGCACUUCGAUAAGAUGGUCCGCCGUCACAACGUGAUAAGGGUGCUCAAUCAGGCGCGGCAGUUGUUCGCUGGCUACCUCAGGAGGCAUUCCGCUUCCUCCGCCUCCUCGUCCGUUUCGGCUGCCGGCGGCAAACCGGACUGUAUAAACGUAUAACCCUCUCCCGGUCAACUCUCGAAAGCUAUCGCAAGUCGGAUAUCAAAUAUUAUUAUCGGACGACGCCUGAGAGACGCGCGAAUCCUCUCGCCCGAUGAGCCGAAUUGAACGGCACAUAUCAUGGAUACUACGUCACCGACGUCGAGACUCGGAAGACUUUAACAGGGACUCCGGAAUUCCAGAAUUUGAUUUCAUCAUGGUGCUCUUCCGCUCGCGCGACAUUUCCGCCGGAUUUCCCACAGCCGUGUACCGUAAACGGUGUCUCUGAUUAAGCGUUCUUCUCUCUCUCUCUCUCUCUCUCUCUCUCUCUCUCUCUCUCUCUCUCUCUCUCUCUCUCUCUCUCUCUCUUCUCUCUCUCUCUCUCUCUCUCUCUCUCUCUUCGGUUUCUUCCUCUUUUCAUACGUAACUACGACAUUUUUAAAAUAAUUGAGCAGAAAUUCGUGCAUUUAAAAAUUAGGAUCCCCGCAGGUAUUUCACAUGUCCAAAUCUACAUAUGGCAACGAGUGAAUGACCAACGUGUAACGAGAAAGCAAUAAAAUAUAAUUGCGUAAUAAUCGUGCAAAAGCUUUUCGUGAAAGUAACUUUUAAUAAUCAAAUCGAGCGAAAACGGUUGAUCAGAGACAGCACUACUCGUACUUACCUGUCAUUCUGCAGCACUCGUUACUACCCGUACAAAGACUUAACAUGAAUUAAGGAUGGAUAGAUUUGAUCGGGAGAACUCGGAACAUCACAGACUACAGAGGCGCUUUACUUAAACCGCCAAUGAUACGCGUAGCCAGCACCAGUUACCAUUCCAUCUCGACAUAAUGCACAUUAUCAUUCGCACGCGUCGAUGAAAAUCCUCCUGUGCUAAUAUCCUCAUUCGACAGAUAGAUUAAAAUCUAUAACUUAACGCAUUCGGGAACAGCGAAAGUGAACGAGCAUCGCGCUGCUCUCGAACGCGUUAAAUUUGUAAAAUAUAUCCAUACUUAUCCUAGCAGCUGAGUCUUACUUUGUUCUCAAACGGUAUGCUUGGGAAACGACAAUAAAGUGCAUUUAAUUUUAACGUCGAUAAUUAUCGCUUUCUAUUCAUUCAAGUCUAGACCCAUUGACGAAAUUGCAAAGAAAGAUCGCGGAGAAGAGAAGAAAUUCUGUUAUUUCUAGAAAAAUAUAUAAACGCUAUUUGUUUAAUAGUUAAGUACAUACUUGGCUUGAACCAUGAAUAUUUGACGAAGCAUUUAUAUUAUUUAAUCAACGUUAGAUUGCAGAAGAUAUAUCGCAAGAAGGAUAAGGAAGCAACGAUUAAUAACAAUUGUGACAAUUAGCAAUUAAUUACGAGAGAUUUAUUCUUUUCCGUUACAUCUUUUGCAUUCUACUACUUUAUUUCUUCUUUCUAAAGCGUGAGUAGAUUUUGUUUCAUUCCUCAGUAUACGGUUCUAAUUAUAUAUAUUUUAUAGUGAUAAGAUAUAUCUCAAUUGUAGUGUAUCAUAUUUUAAAAGAUUAAAAGGCUAGUGCAAUAAUAA